AUGGCAGAUGGCGGCGACAUGAUACAUGUGGACGCGGUAUUGGGUCAUCCGACUGCGGACAAUGGCGAUGACGAUGAAUGCACGCUUGGACGCGCCAUUGAGGCCCAAAUAUAUUCCCUCCAUCCGCUCCUAGUGCCGGAUUACGAGAAGAAGGAGGAGAACGCCACCCGGCGGCAGGGAAAAGCGUUGAAGAAGGCGGCAAAGGGUAAAGGCAAAGCAAAGGCCCCGACUGGGGACGACGAGUACGACCCAGAGGGGCCUGCCUGGAAUCCCGAGAACGAUGUCGACGAAGGGUACGAGGAGAACAAAGCCGCGACAGAAGCGAUCAGCGCCAGAGUUCUAAACUCAUUCAUUCACGAGGAACACGAUUCGUCGUCGGAACUGAGACUUAAGUGGUUGGCGAGACUUGGAAGUUGGUCAGAGGAGCAAGCCUCCGAAUCUAAACAUGUCACGGCUAUGGUCGACAUGCUCUACAACCUCAUCAAGAAGCGACCAGAAGACAAAAUCAUCGUCUUCUCACAGUAUCUCAGAUACCUCGGCAUCAUCAACAAGGAAUUACGCAUGCGGCACAAUGUUGAAUGUCUUCGAUCCGAUGGCGCCGUGUUACCGAAGCACCGAACAGCCAUCGAGAAGAAGUUCUUGGAAAACCCCGAGUGCCUGAUUCUACUCAUCACCGCAGGGUGCGGUAGCGCAGGGUCAAAAAAAGAUCGUCAUGGUCAUUAG